UACAUGGCCGAGGGGGACCAGUUGUACCAGAAAGGAGAGUAUGUCAAAGCCAUUGAAAGCUACUCAACGGCAAUGGGGAUGGUAUAUAUUCUGGUGAAGUACAUUCAGAUUCAAUCAUCGACCCAACGAGAAUACUAAAGGGAAAAGAAAGCAAGAAAAGAGAAGAGCCACGUUCGAAAGACCUCUACAUUCAUAAACUGCAACUAACUCCAAACCAUCAAGAUGUCAUCAGCUAAAGGCCCGUCUAUCGGCAUUGACCUGGGCACUACCUACUCCUGUGUGGGGGUGUUCCAGCAUGGCAAAGUGGAAAUCAUCGCCAACGACCAGGGCAACAGGACCACGCCCAGCUAUGUGGCCUUCACAGACACUGAGAGACUCAUCGGAGACGCAGCAAAGAACCAGGUGGCCAUGAACCCCAACAACACCGUUUUCGACGCCAAACGCCUGAUUGGCCGAAAGUUCAACGAUCAGGUUGUGCAAGCUGACAUGAAGCACUGGCCCUUCAAGGUGGUCAGCGACGGAGGAAAGCCUAAAGUUCAGGUCGAUUACAAAGGUGAGAACAAAUCCUUCAACCCAGAGGAGAUCUCCUCCAUGGUCCUGGUGAAGAUGAGGGAGAUCGCUGAGGCUUACCUGGGCCAGAAGGUGUCCAAUGCAGUCAUCACAGUCCCUGCCUACUUCAACGAUUCACAGAGACAGGCCACUAAGGACGCUGGAGUGAUCGCUGGGCUGAAUGUGCUGAGGAUCAUCAACGAGCCCACGGCGGCAGCCAUCGCUUACGGCAUGGACAAAGGCAAGUCCAGGGAACGCAACGUCCUGAUUUUUGAUCUGGGUGGGGGCACCUUCGACGUGUCCAUCCUGACCAUCGAGGAUGGGAUUUUUGAGGUGAAGGCCACAGCUGGAGACACUCACCUGGGCGGGGAGGACUUUGAUAACCGCCUGGUCAGUCACUUUGUGGAGGAGUUCAAGAGGAAACACAAGAAGGACAUCAGCCAGAACAAGCGGGCUCUGAGGAGACUGAGGACAGCCUGCGAGAGGGCCAAGAGAACGCUGUCCUCCAGCUCCCAGGCCAGCAUUGAGAUUGACUCCCUCUUUGAGGGCAUCGACUUCUACACCUCCAUCACCAGGGCUCGUUUUGAGGAGAUGUGUUCUGACCUCUUCAGGGGAACACUGGAGCCUGUGGAGAAAGCCCUCAGGGAUGCCAAGAUGGACAAGGCCCAAAUCCACGACGUCGUCCUGGUCGGAGGCUCCACCCGGAUCCCCAAGGUCCAGAAGCUCCUGCAGGACUUUUUCAACGGCCGAGAGCUAAACAAGAGCAUCAACCCAGACGAGGCGGUGGCCUAUGGCGCUGCCAUCCAGGCGGCCAUCUUAUCUGGCGACAAGUCUGAGAACGUCCAGGACCUGCUGCUGCUGGAUGUGGCUCCCCUGUCCCUGGGCAUCGAAACCGCCGGAGGUGUCAUGACCGCCUUGAUCAAACGCAACACCACCAUCCCAUCCAAACAGACCCAGACCUUCACCACUUACUCCGACAACCAGCCCGGGGUCAUGAUCCAGGUCUACGAGGGAGAGAGAGCCAUGACCAAGGACAACAACCUCCUGGGGAAGUUUGAGCUCUCUGGGAUCCCCCCUUCCCCACGAGGAGUCCCUCAGAUCGAGGUGACCUUUGACAUCGACGCCAACGGCAUUCUGAACGUAGCAGCGGUGGACAAGAGCACGGGCAAAGAGAACAAGAUCACCAUCACCAACGACAAGGGCCGGCUCAGCAAAGAGGAUAUUGAGAGGAUGGUGCAGGACGCUGACAAAUACAAAGCUGAGGAUGACGCACAGAGGGAGAAGAUGGCAGCCAAGAACUCCCUGGAGUCAUACGCCUUCAAUAUGAAGACCAGCGUGGAGGACGACAACAUGAAAGGCAAGAUCAGCGAGGAUGACAAAAAGAAAGUGAUGGACAGGUGCGACCAGACCAUUUCCUGGUUGGAGAACAACCAGCUAGGCGACAAAGAGGAGUAUGAGCAUCAGUUAAAGGAGCUGGAGAAAGUAUGCCAGCCUAUCAUUACCAAGCUAUACCAGCAGGGAGGGAUGCCCACAGGUUGCUGUGGAGAUCAGGCACGGACCAGCUCUGGUGUCAGCUCCCAAGGCCCAACCAUUGAAGAGAUUGACUAAAGUGAGGGACUUGUAUAAAGGACUUUUCAAAAUGUAUAAGUAUCACUGAAUACAAUUUGCUAUUCAGGAAAUAUUUUGUACUUGUACUUAUUUCUACUGGUUAAAAUGUUAAUGCAUAGCCUCCCGGGUGGCGCAGUGGUUAAGGGCGCUGUACUGUAGCACCAGCUGCGCCACCAGAGACUGGGUCCUUGUCUCAUCGCGCACCAGCGACUCCUGUGGCGGGUCGGGCGCAGUGCGCGCUAACCAAGGUUGCCAGGUGCACAGUGUUUCCUCCGACACAUUGGUGCGGUUGGCUUCCGGGUUGGAUGGCGCUGUGUUAAGAAGCAGUGCGGACUGGUUGGGUUGUGUAUCGGAGGACGCAUGACUUUCAACCUUCGUCUCUCCCGAGCCCGUACGGGAGUUGUAGCGAUGAGACAAGAUAGUAGCUACUAAAACAAUUGGAUACCAUGAAAUUGGGGAGAAAAAGGGGUAAAAUUAUAAAAACAAAGAAAAUGUUAAUGCAUUUUUAUGGCUCAGUGCUAUUUCGGAAGUGCUUUAUAUAUUUAUUGGUUGUACUGUAAAUAUGACAAUAUAUAAACAUACUGAAAGAUAAAAGAAAACACACUGAUGUAAAUCUGUUGUUUCAUACCAUAUUUCAUUGCUGGACAUUGCAAAUAAAAUGUAUUGAAAUAA